GCUGUCUGCACAGAGAAUGCAGAUAUCCACAUAGGGGUUGAUGCUCUGAUUCAAGGUACACGUCUUAUUUUUCUCUUCACUGGAAAGCGUUGCUGACAGGAUUCAAGAUCUGUGUUUAAAGAUCGGAAAAUUUUGCCCUGCACAAAUGAGGAUGCGUAUUACCCGAAAACAGUGCCUUUUUAUAGUGACGGUGUUGUCAUUGUCUUUUAUCUGCAUUCAUUUAUUGACCAAAUCGGGCAAGGUUGUAGAUGUCUGGAAUAGAGAAGCUCUUGAGGAUUUGCUAGAUAACACACUAUUACAACCUGCGCAGAAGUUUGCUCAUAUACCAGUGAAGUGGAAAGAUGAUAUUUUACAGCUUCUUCCAAAAAACAACUGUAAAUGUGAGGUGGAACCUACAAUGGACAUUCCUUUUAGGCAAGAACUCUUUGGGAAACCUUAUGCAGUUAACUUUGCUUCUGAUAUGGAUCCCUCGGUGUUGGAAGAAACUUACAGAAGGAGAGAGCAAGAAUAUAAGAAGUUUAAGAUGAGGACAUACCACCCAACAGACAGAGUGAUUAUUGCAAAAGCCAAUUCUCCACUUGAGUAUCCUGUACAGGGAGUUGAUGUCCGACCGCUGAAAACAAUCCUUAUACCAGGACUUGGUUUACAGGAUAGUCUUAAGAAAGUAUAUAAGGUGAGCCUCUCAUGUUCUAUGGGAACAUUUGACGUUGCAGCAGAAGUAGAAGGUGUAACAGUGAAAGGUGCUGGAGAAAAGCACAUCACAUUAUCCAGUCCUCUAAUGGACAACUUAAAUAGGCAGCUCCAGUUUGUUUCAUACACGAACACCGUGUUCCAUCCAAACACAGCGGACACAGUGCACUUUCAGACUGAUGACCACGUAGCAAUCUUUAACAUCAAAAUCCACCAUCCUGUUGUGCCUAAAAUGUACAACCCUGGAUCAAGUGACUCAAAAUACAACAUCAGUGCCCUUGUCACCAUAGCCACCAAGACAUUUAUUCGUUAUGACAAGCUACAGAAUCUGAUAGAUAGUAUUAGGAAAUUUUAUCCUACUGUCACCAUUAUCAUUGCGGAUGACAAUAAAACUCCACAGAAGGUUGAUGGACCCUUUAUUGAACAAUACUUCAUGCCAUUUGGGAAGGGUUGGUUUGCAGGGAGAAACUUGGCUGUAUCCCAAGUGACUACAAAGUAUGUCUUGUGGGUGGAUGACGACUUUAUAUUUUGUUCUCAGACAAAGAUUGAAAAACUGGUUGAUGUUUUAGAAAAGACACCUCUGGAUUUGGUCGGCGGAGCUGUAAGAGAAAUUACAGGAUUUAAAACUACUUUCCGUCAGAAAAUAAAUAUUAUACCUGGAGGCAAGGAUGGUGACUGUCUUAUGACACGUCUGGGGUACCACCAUAUAAUACAAGGAUUUCCUAACUGUGUGGUAGCAGAUGGAGUUGUCAACUUCUUUUUGGCACGAACAGAGAAGGUGUUACAAGCUGGCUUUGACCCUAGGUUGUCUAGAAUUGCUCAUCUAGAGUUCUUUAUAGAUGGACUUGGAAAGUUGUAUGUCGGUUCCUGUGAUGAUGUGAUUGUGGAUCAUGCUUCAAAAAUCCAUCUUCCGUGGUCGAAGUCAGAAACGGAUAAAGCAUAUGAAACUUUUCGCUACCCUGACUCCUCAGAGAGUACAGAUGUGAGACACAUUUUAUUUUAUUUUAAAAAUCGAUUUGGAUGUAUGACUGGAAACUGAAUCUCUGCGAGAUGAAAAUGCCCAUUUUACUGUACGGAGCAACAAACUCAAUUGUAGCUUUCAGAUGCAAUUUUGUAAUUCACUAAGCUUCCAGUUAAAAAAAAAAAGUUAAAAAAACUUUGACGACAAUAUUUUGCAGGACAUUCCUUAAUUUUAUGCAUAGCUUCUGAACUGCAAUCAUUCACAUUAAUUGUGAGAUUGUAAGCUCACAGGCUAUCUUGCUAAACACUUUGUAUAAAAGAACUUAAAUGGCUAGAUCUCAGCUUACGGGCAGGGCCCUCUCUACCUUUUGUUCUUGUCUGUGUAUAUUUUACAUCCUCCACUAAUUGUACAGCACUGUGGAAUCUGUUGGCGCUUUAUAAAUACCAGUAAUAAAUAAAUAUGUAAAUAAUGUGAAAUAGCCACAAAACAAAAAAUAGAAGUCCUGAGCCAUUCCUGAAUUUGUGCCAAAUUAGAGGAAUGGGUCUGUUGACUAGUUUCACAAGCAAAUAACAGCAACAAUUUUGACAUGAAUUAACAUAUUUAAAUACAAGUUUAUGGAUGACCCAAUGGGCGCAUUCUCUAUCCUCUCACACUGUUGGUAGCACAAUACUCUCCACAACAAUACCACAACACCAAGAAGGUACGUUUUUAAAAUUGUUAUAUUAUGACCCGUAAUAUAAUGAUUUUAUGGCUUUUCACAAUUUUUUGUCAGAUCUUUUACAUUCCCAAAUGGCAAUUUAAUUUUAAAUUUGUGGGUUUUCCCAGAAUUUUGUAAUGUAGACACUCUAAGAACAACUCCAGUGGUCGUACAGCAGCAGGCACUGUUACCAUUCUCUGUCUAAUGACUAUACAGUCUACAAAUGAUUUCUAUCAAGAACAGACUGUUUUGUAGGUCUUCAACUUUUGCAUGGCCACCAAUCCCCCAGACUGCCUUAUAUUGUGAAUUUAAAAAGGGUUGUAUUGUUUUACACAAUGAAAAA